UGCAUUACGCCCGUUCGGGUGCCGGACGUGCUGCCGACCAUGAACUGUGAACACUGAACGAACUGCCAUCUUGAAAUAAUCUUUCCGAGGUGCAAAUGGGUUUUUUGAUACAGACUCAUUAUAAAUUUGUUCUAUCAAUUAUUGUGCGUUAGUUGGAGUAGUUUUCUAUAAUUCGUGACGUGUAAUUGUUUAGUGAUAUUGGAAAGUUAUAAACGCGUCAUAUAAUCGUUUGUGAUAGUGGUUCGUCGAACUGAGCUUACAUGAUUGGAUUACCGCGUAGCGAUAGAGAUAGAGAUCGAAUAACGGUGAAAAUUCGUAACAUGAAGCGGAGUUCGUCAAGGGAUAGCAUGCCGCGCUCCAAGCGGACGCGCAGUAGCAUCGGAAGAUACGAUGACAGCUCCGACGAACGCGUCACCCCAGAAAGGGUGCGGCGCCGAGUUCGUUCCCCCAGUCCCCGCGGCCGCUACGUGUCGCCGCACCGCGACGACUACGUCCGGUCGCGCGAAAUUAGGGAGGAGUCUGUGCGACCCUAUUACAAAGUAUUAUGUGUCAGUGCGUUGCACCCUAAAGCGUCAGACGAAAUUGUUAAAGACACUCUUUACAGAGAAUACAAGAAGUUUGGUGACUUUAGUAUAAAAAUCUCUCACGAACUGGACGAACGUGUGGCCUAUAUUUGUUUCCGAAGUAGCGAAGACGCAAGGGACGCCAAACAUGCCAAACCAAGAAUCAUUUUGUAUGAUAAAGUGGCUAUUGUCGAUCCUGUGUACGAGCCCGUGCGUUCAGAGUACAGAAGUCGGCCGAGGAGUAUUACUCCUCCUGAUUACGACCGUCCUUACUCAUAUGCGUGGUCACCAGUGCCCGAGAGGCGUAGGCCUCCUCCAGAUGAUAGAGCUUAUGGUAUUCCUCCCACUGUACCACCGCACCAUAGAGAUUUUCGCCCUCCCAUGCACGAAUACCCGAUGGCCGGACCCCACGGUCCUCCAAUGCACCACCGUCCGCCCAUGCACCAUCCACCUCACCCGCACUACAUGCCGCGUCCCUAUAUGCCUCGCCCUCAUCACCCACCCUUUGAAAAAAUCGAAAACAAAAAAGACAAAUUCCCCAAUUACUUGCAUCAUGUACAGCCUGAGGAUGAUCCCUUAGCAACCAGAACACUUUUUGCAGGCAACUUAGAAAUCAAUAUAUCUGAUGAAGAGUUGAGGCGCAUUUUUGGUAGAUAUGGUAUUGUGGAAGACAUUGAUAUUAAACGCCCCCCACCCGGAACUGGGAAUGCAUUUGCAUUUGUUCGUUAUCAGACUUUAGACAUGGCUCACAGAGCUAAGGUUGAAUUAUCAGGUCAGUAUAUUGGUAAAUUCCAAUGUAAAAUAGGUUAUGGGAAAGCUACUCCCACAACUCGUGUUUGGGUCGGUGGUCUGGGGCCUUGGACUUCAGUUGCACAACUAGAAAGGGAAUUUGAUAGAUUUGGAGCAAUAAAGAAAAUUGAGUAUGCAAAGGGUGAACCACAUGCAUACAUUUUGUAUGACUCUAUAGAUGCAGCUCAAGCUGCUGUCAAAGAAAUGAGAGGUUUCCCCCUUGGAGGACCAGAGAGGAGGCUCAGAAUUGACUUUGCUGAUGUUGGUACUGGAGGGCCAUACAGAGCAAAGCCUUAUGCUCCACCAGUAGGUGAAGAUGGUAGGCCAGUUGAAGGGUAUGAGGGUUAUGAGGGAGGGAGCUGGGAAGAUGGUUAUGCUUAUGGAACACCAGGAUACAGAGGCAGGGGAGGCCAUAGAGGGCGUGGGCGUGGUGUUUACCGAGGCGUUUAUCACGGCUCAGGAGAUUACCGUGAUGAUGAAUGGAGACGGGCCCCACUUGAUGCAGAUUAUGAAGGAAGAAUUCGCAGAUCUGGUUCAAGGGAGCCGGGUGUAGACAGGUCUCGCUCAAGGUCACCACGACGUCGAUCCCCAGACAGUGACUCAGAUGGGUCACCUCGCAGGAGCAGUGGCAUGCUUGCAUCAGCUAGAACAUUACCGGAAGUUGUCCGUAAAGCCACCACAAUAUGGAAUGGGGCAUUGAUAUUAAAGAAUUCUUUAUUCCCAACUAAAUUCCACCUUACUGAUGGGGAUUCAGAAAUAAUUGACAGCCUUAUGAAGGAUGAAGAUGGCAAAAAUCAGUUAAGGAUUACACAGAGGUUGCGUUUAGAUCAGCCCAAGCUGGAUGAUGUUCAAAAACGUAUUGCCACCUCCAGUUCUCAUGCUAUUUUCUUAGGUGUAGCAGGAUCAACUGCUUCCAUAACAAAUGAAGAUACCACCAUUCAAACCAGACCAAUGAGGAAUUUGGUGUCAUACUUAAAACAAAAAGAAGCAGCAGGUGUUAUAUCACUCUUGAACAAAGAAACCGAGGCAACAGGAGUGUUGUACUCGUUUCCACCAUGUGACUUCUCAACAGAGUUACUUAAGAGGACAUGUCACAACCUGACUGAAGAGAGUCUGAAAGAGGACCACUUGGUCAUAGUAGUGGUGCGGGGAGGAUCGGCCUGAAACCCGUAUUAUCUAUAAUAUCAAUUAGGCUAAGAUUUCUUAAUAUAAACUUUAUUGUUUUCAGAGACAGCAUAUUUUGCUAUGUAUAAUUGUGAUGUGUAGUGAUGUGAGGUGUAUGUAAAUUUAGUUAUGUGAACAUUUAACCAUGUAGUUCCAUGUGCAGUUCUGUGUAUUGACACAGUGUUCACCAGACACAAUUUAUUGCAAAUAUUUGUAGUUAGAUUCUGCUAGAUUUCUAUCAACAUUAUUUAAACAGAUUCUAAGUGUAUUACUAUAAAGUUCUAGUGUAUAUUAUCAUUCAGUGUAUGGAUAGGUGAUGUGUAGUGUGUGUGAACAAAUAGAUUAUUUCAGCUCA